AUGAUGACCACCAGCAGCAAUUCAGCGCAAACACUCCUGACGGUACUGUCUCAACACAAUCUUGAGCAACUUGUUAGGGAGCCAACAAUAACAGAUCGAACUGCAACACUGUUGGAUCUGAUAAUAACAGACUCUCCCAUGCUUUGUAAAGCGAUUAAUGUUCACCAUAACCCUGAGUUAAGUGACCAUGCGAUGGUAAUAUCAAGUUUUAACUUUAAAGUAAUGAUUAAAAGGAAAAAAACCAUCACUACAAGGUCACUACAUAAAAUUAAUGAAGAUGAGUUCCUGCGGGAUCUCAGGUCUAUGCAGUGGCACAAUGUUAUUGAAGGAAGCUCAGUGCUUGAUGUUAAUACGUACCAAUAUUUCAGUAAUAAUAAGAAUAGUGACGCUGUAUUUAAUCUGAAAGAAAUUAGCGAAAGUGAGGUUUUAAAAAUAUUGAAUGGCAUUGAGACACAAGCAGCGGGUUUCGAUAACAUCACGGCGGGAAUGCUACGUGCUUUGGAGUGGUUUGAGUCGUAUCUGAAAAAUCGUAAACAAUAUGUAAUAAUAGAGGGAGCGCAUGGGGAAGAUUUACAGUCAAAAAUGAAACAAAUCGACAGAGGGACGCCUCAAGGCUCUAUCAUCAGUCCGUUAUUGUUCAUAUUGUACACUGCAGAUUUGCACAAACAAGUGGAAAGCUGUAAGGUACAUUUAUAUGCUGAUGACACACAGUUGUACUUCUCAUUUUUUGCAAAUGACACUGACAAGGCCAUCGAACUAAUUAACAAGGACCUUGAUAAAUUAUUUAAGUGGGCGGCGUGUAACAAUCUGAUUUUGAAUCCUAAGAAAUCGCAAUAUAUAGUGUUGGGUCCCCGACACCAGUGUGACUUGGUGAUAAAACACAAUCCUAAUAUUGUGAUAGAUAGCCAACCAGUGGAAAGAGUGAGUAUUGUGAGGAAUCUUGGGCUCAUGAUGGAUAGCGCUUUGCGGUACGAGGAACAUGUAAACAUGAAAAUAAAAAAUGCUUUUUAUAAACUGAAAGUGCUUUAUGGGUUGAGGGACUGCCUGUCAGAAAAAGUAAGGGUGACACUUGUAGAAACACUGGUUUUGUCACAUUUCAACUACUGUGACACAGUGUAUGGGCCUAGACUUCUAGCGCGAACCGCUCACUCCGUGCAACGGGUUCAAAACGCAUGCGCACGUUUCUGCUACAAUAUUCCGAGGCGAACACGAAUAACUCCUAUUUUAAAUAAAAAAGGAAUAAUAGACCUAAGGAGACAUCUACAUCUUGCAUGCCUGGUGUAUAAAGUGAUACAAAAAAAGAAACCAGAGUAUCUAUAUAACAAACUCACCUGGAUGAGAGAUUUACAUCCUCUUAAUACACGUAGCAAGAGUGGCAGCGGGUUAUCAUUACCUAUACAUAGGAAGUCGGCAAACAGAGGAAGUUUUAAGUUCUCCGCGGCUAAAAUUUGGAACGAUCUGCCUCCGCCUCUCCACGAGGAAAUGUCCCAGCUCUGUUUCAAAUAUAGACUAAAACGAGUACUAUUGGAGAAACAAAAUAAAGGAGAACAUAACUAUCGGUAG